AAAGCAAAACCAAGAAGGAAUGGGAGAAUUAAAACAAAUGUGAAAUAAACCGUGGUGAGACUAGAAGAACCGUUACUGCUCUGGCAAGCUGUGUGACAAAUGCACUUUAUUGGACUGUCCAUAUUACUGUUUUCCAGACACUAUGUCCAAGGGAGUUGCUGAUGGGUAAUGCAAAGGAAAGAAAUGGUUUCUUUCUCCCUUUCUCACUCCUUCCACCAGCAAUCUUUUGCAUGCAUGUGUUAGAACUUUGUUCAUGUGUUUCUCAAACGAGAAACUUUUUGCUGGCUACAGUCUGCUUUGUAGUUCUAAUAUGCACCUUUCUUUUAUUUUUAGGUUCUGUCUUCGUUUUGCUGACUCAAACCACAGAUUCCAAGGAAAGGAGGGGACGUGGAAUAAAAUACUCAAGUGCCAGAGGAAAAGCAAGACUAGCCAAUGAAAAUUAGUAUCACUAAAUUGUAUAUUGCCAUCACACAUAGUAGGGGGAGGAAAUUGCUGUCUGUUCAAAGCUUACAAAAUUAUUUUUGCAGAUUUCCCUCACAAAACUUCAAAUAAGCUAAGCCCCUUCAACUAGAGCUGAAUUAGGAAAUGGAAAUAUGAUUCCUUGCUGGUGUCUUCCAUCUUCCCCCUUUGCAGGGCUUUUUUGUUUGGGGUAGGACAUCCUGAACGAAUUGUAUGGCGUCAACCAGAUUUACAGUUGAUGGUUAUGGAUGACAUAGGAACUUCAGAUUUACAUCUCUGCAAUGACACUUGAUUAAGGCAAAGCUUGAAAACUGCUCAUCAGCUAUGUUACCAGAACUUGUAGUAGCUAUUACAGUUGUGUUUUCUUUCUUUUUCUAAGAUUUGGAGUCUGGGGUGAUGUCCCCUGGAAAGCAAGUUCAGAUAAGUCAUCUUUUAGGAUUGGAAACAGAAAUAAUAUGAGAAUGCCCAGAAGAGGCUUAGUAAUUCAAGCCAGGACUCGUUGGCUGUUGGUGGGCCUUGCUUUACUAUUCAGUUUAGUCUUGCUCAUGUAUUUGCUGGAGUGUGCUCCACAAACAGAUGGCAAUGGAUCUCUGCCUGGUGUUGUAGGUGAAAGCAUGGGUAAAGAAUACUAUCAAGCUCUCUUGCAGGAACAAGAAGAGCAUUAUCAAAACCGAGCUACCAGUCUGAAACGUCAGAUUGCCCAGCUAAAGCAAGAGCUUCAGGAAAUGAGUGACAAAUUGAAGUCCCUGCAGGAAAAAAAGAGCCCGAAGGUUAAUGGUAUGAACUACCAGGGCACCAAAGAACAAACAUCCAAUGAUCUCCUAGAGUUUCUUCAUUCCCAGAUUGACAAAGCUGAGGUGAGCGUGGGGGCCAAACUGCCUAGUGAGUAUGGAGUCAUUCCUUUUGAAAGCUUUACAUCCAUGAAAGUAUUCCAAUUGGAGAUGGGGCUCACUCGGCAUCCAGAAGAGAAACCUGUUAGAAAGGAUAAACGAGAUGAAUUGGUGGAAGUUAUCGAGGCUGGCCUAGAAGUUAUCAAUAAUCCAGAUGAAGAAGAUGGACAAGAUGAAGAUGAUGGAGUAGGAGACAGGCAGCUAUAUAGUGAAAAUGAUUUUAUAGAAGGUUACUAUCGUACAGAAAGAGAUAAGGGGACACAGUAUGAGCUGUUUUAUAAGAAGAUGGAUGGCAUGGAGUACAGGCAUGUCACCUUGUUCCGACCUUUUGGACCCCUCAUGAAAGUGAAGAGUGAAACAGUCGAUAUUUCUAGAUCGAUCAUUAACGUUAUUGUUCCUCUUGCUGGAAGAACUGAGGCAUUUGCACAGUUUAUGCAAAACUUUAGAGAUGUGUGUAUUCAUCAGGAUAAGCGUGUUCACCUCACAGUGGUGUACUUUGGACAGGAUGGUCUAUCAGAAGUAAAGAACAUCCUAGAAUCUGUAGCUAGAGAAACCGACUUCCACAAUUACACGCUUGUCUCUCUGAAUGAGGAAUUUAACCGAGGCCGAGGACUUGACAUGGGUGCCAGAGCCUGGGAGAAGGGCGAGGUCCUGAUGUUCUUCUGUGAUGUUGAUGUUUAUUUCACAGCCGAAUUCCUCAACAGCUGUCGCUUAAAUGCCGAGCCCGGGAAAAAGGUUUUCUAUCCUGUGGUAUUCAGCCUUUACAAUCCUGCUAUUGUCUAUGCCAACCAAGAUAUACCACCUCCUGUGGAGCAGCAAUUGGUACACAAGAAGGAUUCUGGUUUCUGGAGGGAUUUUGGCUUUGGGAUGACUUGUCAAUAUCGGACAGACUUUCUGACUGUUGGGGGCUUCGACCUGGAGGUGAAGGGCUGGGGCGGCGAGGACGUUCACCUGUACAGGAAGUACCUGCACGGGGAGCUGAUGGUGGUGAGGACGCCGGUGCCGGGGCUGUUCCACCUGUGGCACGAGAAGCACUGCGCGGACGAGCUGACGCCGGAGCAGUACCGCAUGUGCAUCCAGUCCAAGGCCAUGAACGAGGCGUCGCACUCGCACCUGGGCAUGCUGGUGUUCAGGGACGAGAUCGAGGCGCACCUGCGCAAGCAGGCCUACAGGACUAACAGCGAGCCCGUGGGGUGAGGGCCCCGCUCCCUGCCCGGGGACUGCCACUUCACUGCCAACCAGCAGCCUGCUACAGCCUUAAUCCAGCUCACAAAUGCAGUGCCUCUCUUUUUCAGUGAAGAAGAGUUUAGAGGGUUUUUGGUUCUCCCGUCUGUUUUCCCAGUAAUCCUUUGACUGAUGCUCUCUUACCUACAUAUCUUGCGAGUUCCAGCAGCUCAGCUCAAUUGGACAGCUUAUGUAGUUCAAGGAAAGUCUUCAGUAUCGACUGGAAAGAUCUGUGGAAUGUACAAUUCAACACUUUUCCAUGUGGUACAUUUCUGUUCUUAUAUUUGCAUUCUUUUGAGAAUUAAAUGAAAUAAUCUUU